AUGUCGCCCCUCGAUGAUGAUACCUCUGUGCUCAGCACCCGAUCUGUCUACGAAGAGCACUCGGAUGAUUUGAGGGUCGAAGCUGUGAGUCUCAACUGGUUCGCACGGAGAAACGACUUCGAGUUCAGCUCGAAACUGGCCUCUUCAUCUGGCUGGGGCCACCGCGAAUUCUAUCUUAUCUGGAUGAUAGUAUACGGUUUCAUCACGGCAUCUGCUCCACUCGCUGCAUCGCGUCGUUCCCUAGCCAGCGAAGUCUCAAGUUGGAAGGGCUCGCGGUCCGCCGCUCGCUUUCAUCGGCUUCACCUGCUUUCCUCAGCACCGGAUUCGCCAGUCGAUCCGACAUAUCCGAGCUCCGCUUUGCGGGUUUCCGAACACGGCUUCGAUGGAUACGUGGCACGAGGUCACGCUCCUCGCCCCUCAGUCUACCUCGUGCUUCGAUCGAUGAAUCAACUUCGCUUCCGUCUCAAGACUCGCACGUGCACGGAAACUCGGCCGCGAGAAACCGCGAGCUGACCGAUCGACCGAUCACCCGGAACGCCUUUCCACCUUCUCCCACCUUCUAGAUCGAUCCCUUGGCCUCCCCCGCGCUCUUGCGUUCCGAGAUCCCCCUGUCGUUCACUUCCAAGCAAACCGUCUCGGCCUCGCGUCUCGCCGUUGCCGAUGUUCUCGCCGGCAUCUCGGACAAGGUCGUCGUCAUCGUGGGGCCUUGCUCGAUCCACAACCCUCAGGAAGCCAAGGAGUAUGCCGCGCUUCUCAAGCAGGAGUCCAAGGGUUUGGAUUUUUUGGUCGUCAUCAUGAGGGCUUACUUUGAAAAGGUCAGUCCAUCCUGGCCAAGUCCGAGCAUGUCCAAGUCGGCUCGCCUCUCUGAUUAGAUCCUGACCCCAACCGACUACGUUCUCGCACUCUACCACAGCCCCGAACGACGGUUGGCUGGAAAGGUCUGAUCAAUGACCCCGAGAUCGACGGAUCCUACUCGAUCAAUGCCGGUCUCCGUCUCGCGCGCACGCUCCUCUCCGAAAUCACCCACUCCGGCGUAUCCGUCGGCUGCGAGUUGCUCGACACCAUCUCGCCUCAAUUCCUCUCCGAUUGCAUCUCCUGGGGUGCGAUCGGUGCUCGAACGACGGAAUCGCAACUUCAUCGCGAGUUGGCGAGUGGUAUGAGUUUUCCCGUUGGGUUCAAGAAUGGUACCGAUGGGGGAUUGACCGUUGCCGUUGAUGCGAUGAGGAGCGCUUCCCACCCUCAUGCUUUCCUCGGUGUCACCAAAUCCGGAUUGGCCGCGAUCGUUCGAACGAAAGGGAAUCAGGAUUUGCACGUCAUUUUGCGUGGUGGAUCAAAGGGGACUAACUACGAUGCCGAAUCGGUCCAAUCCGCCGCUCAGCAGGUGCAAAAGAUCUCGUCGACCGAUAUUCCUUUCCUCCCCGCCGUAAUGGUCGAUUGCUCACAUGCCAACUCGCGAAAAGAUCACAACAACCAGCCCAAGGUCAUCGCGUCCGUUUGUGAACAGCUCAAUAAGGGGGAGAAAGGUAUCAUGGGGGUGAUGAUUGAGAGCAAUUUGGAGGCGGGGAGUCAGAAGACGCCGAAUGGCAAGAACGGGCUCAAGAGGGGUGUUAGUAUUACGGAUGCGUGCGUUGAUUGGAAGACGACACAGACGAUGUUGAAGAACUUAAACGAGGUGAGAGUUCUGUGCAUCUUCACUGUGUGUCGGACAAGAACUAACAAUGCUUUUGUUGCACUCCCUAAAGGCCGUCAAGGCCCGUCGGGCACUCAAUGGUGCCCCCAAACUGCAUUAG